AUGGAGCUGCAUAUAGCUUAUUGUCCAGAGCUCGAGUCAUUCCCCAAAAAGGGGCUCCCAUCCUCUCUUUCUUCUCUCUGUAUCUGUAAUUGUACGAAACUUAAGUCAUUCCCAGCAGGGGGUUUACCUUCUGAAUUAAAAUUGUUUCAUAUUGAAAGUUGCAACAAGCUGAUCUGCGGCCAAAUGCAAUGGGGUUUGCAAAUGCUCCCCUUGCUUUUGCACUUUAGUAUUGCUGGGUAUAGAGAAGAGGAUAUGGAAUCAUUUCCUAGGAAGAUGAAGCUGCCCUCCACUCUUACCUCUCUUAAAAUUCAAGAACUGGAGAUCAACCACUGUCCUCAGCUUCAUUCUGUGCCACAAGAGCAGCUGUCAUCCACGCUUGCCUAUCUCAUAAUUAGAGAUAUGCAGAAUAUGAUAUCUCUGAAUUACAAGGGACUUCAACAGCUUACUUCUCUUAGAAAAUCGGAGAUUGAGUGCUGCCCUAACCUCCAGUCCAAUCCUGAAGAGGGAUUGCCCUCCUCCAUUUCUUUUCUAUCUAUCUGGAAAUGUCCUUUGCUAGAAAGGAGGUGUCAACAGGAGGGAGGGGAAGAUUGGCCCAAGAAUUCUCACAUCCCAACAUAG